AACAUUGUAAUGCCAACUCCGUCUAUAUCUUCUUAUGAGGAAGAUUAUGAAUCUAUGCAUAGAAAAGAGUAUGAACCAAUGUAUGAGGAAAAGUAUGAACCAAUGCAUGAGGAAGAGCAUGAACCAAUGUAUGAGAAAGAGUAUGAACCAGAGUUACAAUUAGAUAAAUCUGAAGUUAGUGAAUCAUCGCAA